ACACAAUUAUCAGGAACGGCCAAAGGUCGCAUCCCAUACAUGUCAGUACACAUUCUUUAUUCUAAAGCACAAGCAUUUACAUCAGUUCUCGUGUGAAAUAUUACAAAAAUGUGGAAAAUAAUCCUCUUUUGCACUUUCUUGAGUGUCAGUCAAGCAAACAUCAGGAACAUCUAUGGGGACUGGACAAUGGUGGCAUUUUACCCAGUCGCCUCACACCAGCCUACCUGCAUUCGUUUCUCGUUCACUAAGAGUCCUGUGAGCAUCAAAUGCUCUUACGCCGAUGGAAGGAGAGCGAUUCCCGUGCAAGUGUCAAUGACCUCGGAGAAAGGGGAAAUAUUGGAGCGGUAUUCCAUGCCGAUGAGAGUUGUGGAGACUCCCGAAGAAGUGAUGCCAGGAUUAGAGAUGGGAUGCAAGUGUGGUAAUGAGGAAGUCAAUGAUCAUGCAGUAGUAAGAAUUAUUAAUGAGAACUACUUCAUAAUGUUCCACUACAUUACUAAAGAGUCUUCUAGAACGGAGACAGAACCGAACGCUGCUUACGUGUUUGCGAAGAAUGUGGAGCCACAAAGGAAACUGGCGAAGUUCACGUCUAAUGUUGAUGACUUGAAGGGCAGGAAAGGAGCCAUGAUGUGUUAUACGGAAAAUUUUAAUGGCUUCGGUGAUGAAAAUGAAAUCUAGUGAUUUAUUUGUUGAAUAAGUGAAAAUGCUUCAAGCAGUGUGAUAAUCAGAAACGCUAGUGCUUAGUUCUCCUAAUAGAUGUCACUACUGUUACUGUCACACAGUAUGUAAGAAUCUGUGUAACUAAAUUGUAUACAAUAAAAAAACAUGGAAAGUGUAAUAUAUUUCCAAAAAAGGUCCGAUUUUUUUUAAUAGAAAUUAUUAAGUCCGCUAUUGCAAUGUUUGUGUGUAUAGUUUAUGUGUAUAAAUAAAAUAUUUGUUAUGUAACCAAUAUGUGAUUAAUGAACAUUAUUUUAACUUCUUUCUUCUUAUGACGGAGUACACAUCCCAUAUAAAUAUUUCUAUUGCAAUAUGUCCAUCCAAAGGUUGUCUGGUAGAAAUCACUAUCAGUGAUAAGACUAUAAUGUGGUUUCAUGUUGAAACUAAUGUUCUAAUGUAUACACAUGAAUGAAAUAAAUGAUUUGAGUUUGAGCUUUUGUGCACAUUAUUAAAUUAUUGUUUAUAUGUUUUUUUCUUAAUAGUGUACAAUAAACACUAAUCUAUCUAUCUGUCAUGUUAAAUACAUAUGUAAGUAGUUCAUUCAAUAUGUGUAUAUUAUUCGUUAAUAAUUUUUACGUAUAUUUAUACAGACAGAGUACAUAUAAUUUAUGUAGACGUUUCUCAGUAGCAAAACAUGUUUAUAAAGUCAACUUUUGCUACUAUCUAGGUUACUAGAGAUAGAAAUAAAAUAUAAUAAGUAUAUGACCUAUUUUAUAUGGACCUGAUAUCAAAAUUCUUGAGCUCAUGUUAUAAUUAUAUCUUCUGUAAUCAAAACUUCCGUAAGAUGUUUACAACUGACAGAGAUUGGUUGUCAGUCAGUAAAAUAAUUGUACAUCAUUAAAUUAUAUAUUUUUCCUGUU